GCAGUCAGUGUAAAAAUUAUUAUAACUGUGUUAGUAGUCUCCUUCUGACAGUCUACCAGUUACGAUUAGCAUUACUCGUAGAAUCCUCCUAGCCCCUUGUAGUUGUAAUCAAUCGACUGAGCGUUCCUCAACACAACAGGCAUUUUACUGUUACAAUAUACAUGAUUGUACAGGACACUUUUCUACUCCUGAUCAGCGGCUCUGGACUAAUACUUUUGUAGUUUGUAGCGAAUUGUAACAUCUAGCGAUCGAGUGUGUCACUCUCUCGGACAGCUACUUGCAGCGUUAGAUGUACAAGCUCGGUCACAGAGAAAAAAACGAGCUCAGAAACUAUAGUAUAGGCGACAGGCAGAAUCAGUAGAGGUUUCGAUAAUCAUUUUGAGUCAAGGUUGUAGGAGCAUUUCAAGUUGAGGGGAAUCGUCUUCUAUUCCAUUAGUGAGUUUGUAGGUACUAGUACGUGUAGUUUGAAUGGUCCAGUGCUAGUAGAUCUCCUGCUAGUGCUACAGGGACGCGGACGCUACCGAUUGAAGGAACACGAUCACACAGACACCACUCACUGCACACCACCGUCAUGUCUGGCAGUGUCGAAGAAGGAGCAGAUCCCUGGCAGACGGCUGUGCGUCCACGCUACACGUAUGUGCUGGACAAGUGCUCUCCCAACGCGGACGAGUUUGUGCUGCACGCCUUCCAGAAGAACCUCAUUACGUCCCGCGAGAAAGAAGAGCUGCAACUGCCAAAGACGAAGACGCAGCGCAUGGAUGAGCUUGUGACUAUCCUGAUGCGGGGCGGCGCGUCAACACUGACCAAAUUUCUUGAUAUUCUGAACGACAUUGGCAAGGACAAGCCAGAUUUCACUGAUCUUGCCACGGAGCUAGGAAAGAAGGCUUGCGGCUAUUGAAGGUGCGCGGCAUACACGUGGCGGAAUCGUAUCACCAGGUCCCGCAGCUAUGUGAGUACAUGCUGUUAGACAGAUGUGUGAAAUGCCGCCACGGAUUGAGCUUCUCAAACCGGGUAUGAGCUAGGUACAGCAGACAACCGGUGCGUCCUGGCCCAGCUCUACCUAUUGAAAGGCUAAUUGUAAAAAUCGUGCUCCCAGGAUGUUGACCUCUGGAUUGGAAAGGGAAUGAGCUUGAAAUGGCCUCGACUACAACAUUUAUUUUCUACUUUAGUUUCUCAAUAAGAAUAUUGUGCUGAGCCCUAUUGUAGUCUCUCCUUUCCUCCACCCGCUAACACAGUAUUGUCUUGCAGUGUAAAUAACGCUGAGAGGUACCUUAAUGUGGGGGAACGGAGAGCGGUAUUGCUGUACUUCAGUCUUUCCCAAUUUUUAUAGAGCUCGGAAGCUACACCCUAGUCCAGCUGCCAGGGUUGAAUUUCGUUUAGAAUUUUUCAGAUUGUUUUCCAAAUUAGACUUUGAAGUGGGUAGACUUAGUGUAGCCCUUGAAUUCUAGUCUUCAGCUGGCUACAAUGUCUACAAAUCUACUUCAGCCUCCGAUAUCUUUUUUAAACUUAUAUUCUUGUGCAUUUUUGGGUGGCAGCCGUGAUCUCAUGGCUUUUCCACAGAAGCUUCUUCGGCAUUGUUUGUGAUAAACCGGUAACACCACUCUGCGUGCUGGGAUGACUUCUCCUCAACUAA